CGUUUGUUUAGUGGUGUGCGGCCUCAGAGCUCGCUUGUCCCUAGCGGAGCCCCAUACGGAGCCCUCACUCUGUCAUGGAAGGUGCCGGGGCCCCCUCGGAGACCCUGCACUUCUACGCGAGGGUCCCCGGCGGCGGCCGGCAGGGUGAGCCCGACAUGGACAGGGGGCUGGCCAGAACUAUGAUGACAGUUGGCCUGGGUGUUGCAGCUGUUGCAUUUGCAGGUCGCUAUGCUUUCCAGGUCUGGAAACCACUGGAACAAGUAUUCACAGAAACAGCAAAGAAGAUUGCAACCUCUAGUUUUUCAUCCUAUUAUAAAGGAGGAUUUGAACAGAAAAUGAGUAGACGAGAAGCUAGUCUUAUUUUAGGCAUAAGUCCAUCUGCUGACAAGGCCAAGAUUAGAACAGCUCAUAGGAGAAUCAUGAUUUUGAAUCACCCUGAUAAAGGUGGAUCUCCCUACUUAGCAACAAAAAUAAACGAAGCAAAAGAUUUGUUAGAAUCCAGCACCAAAAAUUAAUGUCCAAGGACUUCUGUGAUAGAACUUUUUAUACAUUCAUUUCUACUGGAAAUCCUGUAGAUAUAUUGUGCAAUAGCUACGUGCUGCUCUAUAUAGCUGCAUAACACUGGAUCAAAUAGUCAGUUAUCUAUCUCCAUUAUUAAAGAUCUAAGACUAUUUAAAAAGCAAACUGAUACAUUUUACAAGAAGUCUCAUUUCUAGUAUAUUUUUUUCCCUCAAUCUGUUUUGACUCUAAACGUUGAAGCUGGUUCUUCAUUGACUGUUCUUAAAAAAUGGUUUAUUACAGGUUUGUUCAAUAGGGCUGGACUUCUGGAACUUAUAUUUUUUAAAAUGGAAACAUUUGUAUUAUAAUAUAGGUUUUUAUUUAUUUAUUUUGAUAAUGGUGAUGCUGUAUAGUGCUGUCAUUUGAAGUGGCGCUAGAAGGUAAAACUGGAAGGCUUGCCCCAUGUUGGAUUCCUUCUUCUGAAAUAUUGGGAUUUGCAGCAUAGAUGCCGUUUCAAAGCUGCUGGUUGGGACAAAAUGACUUGAAGAUUACGCCAAAAUGCUUGUUUCCUUAUCUCUGUAUGUAGAAGUAUAAAGGAGAAUAUCAGCCUGAAUUUUUUUUUUAAGGUGCUUAGACCUUUUCCAUGUUAG